AUGUCGAGACCCGCAGCACAGCGCAGUCUGACGCUCACCGAGGAGCUGGAGAGACUGGAACAGCAGAUCACGUUGACGCUGCAGGAGAUCGACAGCAACUUCAGCAAGGCGCAUCGCAUCGUCACCACCAGCAUCCUGCCCAUCGUCGAGGAGUACGCAAAGCAUAGCAACGAGGUCUGGGAGGGCUCAAAGUUCUGGAAGCAAUUCUUCGAGGCGUCUGCCAAUGUCUCGCUUUCCGGCUACGAGGAGAACAACGAUGAGACAGUCACAAACACCGAAGUCACCGAGUCCUUCCAAACACCUACGAACCAAGACGAGAGCACAGUGACGGGUGCCGAGUUACAGCAGCAGCAAGCCAGCGACGAUGAAGAGUUCAGCAUCGAGUCGCCAACACAGGUCACCGGCGUGCAGACUACACCGAAACUGCCGCCGUCAACGUCCAAGAGAUCCAAUGGCACAGCAAGAGCUCAGAGCAGCAGGAGCGCGACAUCAUCACAUCGAUCGCCGUCACCCAGGAAGUACACAGGCAGCCACCCGCUAGCCAGAGUGCCGUCUUCAGAAGAGCCGAGCACUCCCCGGAUGGCAUCUGCCACCAAGUUCGACUCGUCGCCCUUCGAGCCAGAAUCGGCUUUCCAACCAUCCGCGUACCACAGCCAGCGUCAGGAAAACAACGAUCCAGUCAUGCAUCGCGCGAUUUUGGACAAGAACUACCGCAUACAGGCCACGCCGCACACGCAGCGCCAGCAGCGACAAGCUGCUCAACCUUCUGCGACCAAAGCGACACCAGCGACUGCUACCAAGAAAUCUCCAUGGGACGACUCACCACAGUCCUCGCCGGAGGUAGCUGCGCCUCAACUGAGGAGCGAACUGUUCUCUCCAGCGAAACCUGGUCCACGAACACCCGGUGUCUCUGUCAUGACCCCUGCUGCGAAGAAGAGUGCACUCAUGGUGCCGAAGACGUCGACCGGGUUGCAGCUUUUCUCGCCGGCAGACAAGGCAUACGCUGCAACCAAGGAGCGAACUCGUGCCAGCCAAUUCUUUGACGACAGCGACGAAGAUGACGAUCUUGCAGAGAUGAGCCCCCCGAAGACCAUGCAGUUCCACGUACCCCAGUCGAGACUGAUGCAGACACCGGCUCGCGAAGCCUCGAAGAAGAUUGUCGACGAUCUGCUCCUCACUGCGGGCGCUGAUGGCACAGACGAAAUCGAGGGCUAUGAUGAUGACGAAGCUUUCGAGACGCCCAGCCCAAGCGUGGUCAAGCGAGCUUAUAAUGUCGAGGAUGACACGUUCUGA